GGAAAUGGAGUAUCAUCAGAUCGCAUUGUACUUAGUCUCUCUAAUGCUGUUGGCAAAUGCAGAUGCCAUGGACAUGAAGAAAAGCGCCCCAGUCAAGGGCUCUCUGGCCGGGACGGCGGUCCUCCCCUGUCACUUCCCUCCCACCACCAACCAGACCUCAGCCACCGACCAACUGCGAAUCGUGUGGACCAAGGUGGAGAGCAAUAGCAGGAAAUUUGUGCUGUCUCAGAAUGGCAGCGACCGCAAUAGUACAUGGUGGGCGUAUGUGCCGUCCAACAGCAAGGAGACUGGGGAUGCAUCUCUCAACAUACGCCGGCUUCGGACCAGCGACGCGGGCAUCUACCACUGUGAGGUGACGUCUGGUACAGAGAGAACACAGGCCACCCUCUCCUUGGAUGUCAGUGGUGUUGUAUUUCACUAUCGGUCUAGUGCCGGCCGAUACAAGCUAACCUUUGAGAAAGCCAAGCAAGCCUGCAAAAAGGUCAAUAGCACAAUAGCCACUGCGGUACAGCUGAGGUCUGCCUUUGAGGAUGGCCUUGACAACUGCAAUGCUGGCGAGGUCAUCUAUCCCCCGGGCACCCAUUGGUCCUUCAGUGAGGCCAAGGGCCGCUGUGAGAGCCUGGGUGCUGUGCUGGCGUCCCCCGGUCAGCUCUACGCCGCCUGGAAGGAGGGCCUGGACCGCUGUGACUUCAGCUGGCUCUCUGACGGCAGUGUGCGCUACCCCAUCUCCGUCCCAGACCAGCAAUGUGGCAAUGGAACACUUGGAGUACACACUCUCUACCGCUUUGAAGACCAGACUGGCUUCCCCUUGCCAACCCAAAGGUUUGGAGCGUUCUGUUUCAAAGAACCUGUUCUGGACCCCUGUCUUGAUUACACUGAGCUGCACCAACCCUGGAGGGCCACCAACUACACUGCCCAGCUCCAUUAUUGUGACCGUAGUCUCUUGGGCCUGUGGCACGGUUGGUUCCGGAUGAAAUAUAAUGGGCAAGACAUAUGGAUGGCGGAG